ACCACCUCCACUCCACACCCACCAAACCACCCAUCCCCAAAUCUUCAAAACAAUGGCCGACCAAGCUCCAACCGCCAACACAAGCUCCCAAAAUCCCACCUCCACAAACCCCGACGCCGCCGAAUUCCUCCCCCUCCAAACCGACCAGCAGCAGCCGUCCGGCAAAUAUCACCACGAACACGGCGACCACAACGGCGAUCUAGAAUCCGGUCCCCCUCCGCCUGAAUACGGCACUAUCAAUCGAGGCGAAACCACUGCGGCGGAACUUUGGGAUCGACAUCAACGAGAUCGGUCGUGUUUCAAUGCCGAUGUGUUUUUUGCGCUGAUUGUUACUUUUGCUUUGCUGGCGGUUAGUUUGAGUUGGUUGGUGAUUUCGCCGCUUUGGUAGGGAUUUGGGGUUUUGUAGGUGUUGAGGCGUGUGUGUGUGUGUGUGUGGGUAGGUACCUUGAUAGUAUGUAUGUGCAUUUCGGCGCAGGGCGCAUGUGAUGAUAAUAAGGCUUUUUUGUAAGGGGGGGGGGAUAAAUAAUCAUGAACGAAUUGUGGAGGAAGUUGUGGUUCUUGGAAGGGAAAAGGAAAGGAAAUGUGAGGUCAGGCCAGCGAAGGGCACGUCUCCUCUCGAUCCAUUCGAUCUCGAUAUCUGGGCUCCAUCACCUCGACACGUGAAAGCAUUUGUGUCAAAGGCGCUCGCUCGAUCUCUAUAUGUAUCUCCAAGCGGACGGAGCGACUGAUCAUCUGGUUCUUUUGAGUGUAUCCUCCCACGCACCUAAUCCGCAACGACCUGGAUGUAGACGCCAUAUUGGAGAUUGGCAGAGUCCGAGCCAUUCCUAGACGAUAUAAUAAUAGUCAUAACAUCGGGAUAGUUGUCUUCACCUCGACGAUGACAUCGUCCACCCUCGUGGGCGCCGCUAAGUCGUCGAUGUAGACACGCCAACUCGUAGACGGUUGAUACAAUCAUGGAUCUCUUCGUUCGAGAAGCACUCGGCCACUUUGAGGAUCACAGGUCCAUCGAUGUCGUGAGAUCGGGUACCCAAACGUUUUGUUUUGGCGCCUUUGCUGCGAAUCCGAGUAGAGGAGUCUUUGUGGCAGUAUCCGUAAGGAGAAAUUGGAGAAGGUCAGGGUGGAUUUGCAUGACUCUAGAUCACGGUUAGCAGGUAUGAAGAGUAUUGUUCUACU